AUGUCCCAGCCUGGGGGACAUAGGAGGAGGCCUGGGACCCCGGGACCUCCGGUGCGCAGCAUCCGGCCCUUUAAGUCCAGCGAGCAGUACCUGGACGCCAUGAAGGAGGACCUGGCAGAGUGGCUUCAGGAUCUCUAUGGGCUGAACAUCAAUGCAGCCAACUUCCUGCAGGUGCUGGAGACGGGCCUGGUGCUGUGCCGGCAUGCCAACGCCAUCACUGAGGCUGCCCUUGCCUUCCUGGCUGAGGCACCUGCCCUAGCCCGAAGGAUUCCCAUGCCUCAGGCUGGGGUUUCCUGCAACGGGGCUGCCCAGCCAGGCACCUUCCAGGCCCGGGACAACGUCUCCAACUUCAUCCAGUGGUGUCGCAAGGAGAUGGGCAUCCAAGAGGUGCUGAUGUUCGAGACGGAGGACUUGGUGCUGCGCAAGAACGUGAAGAACGUGGUGCUGUGCUUGCUGGAGCUGGGCCGCCGGGCCUGGCGCUUCGGAGUUGCGGCGCCCACCCUGGUGCAGCUGGAGGAGGAGAUCGACGAGGAGCUGCGGCAGGAGCUGGCCCUGCCCCCGCCCGACCCCCCACCGCCCGCGCCCCCCACACGUCGGCCCUGCCACUUCCGCAACCUGGACCAGAUGGUUCAGAGCCUUGUGAGCCACUGCACAUGCCCAGUUCAGUUCUCUAUGGUCAAGGUAUCUGAGGGGAAGUACCGUGUGGGGGACUCCAACACCCUCAUCUUUAUCCGGGUCCUCCGGAACCACGUCAUGGUGCGUGUAGGGGGCGGCUGGGACACACUUGGCCAUUAUCUGGACAAACACGACCCCUGCCGGUGUACAUCCCUCUCACACAAGCCAGGCAGCGUCCUGCAGCCCCCAGUUCCGCGGGUGCAGCAUGAAGUGAGGGUGCUGGACGAGCCCUCGCAGCCACAGCCUAUGAUGACCGUCAGGCGCUCCCAGAGCCCUCUGCCCCCUGUGGACUGGAAGACAUAUACCUCUUCAGGCCGAAAGCUGAGGCCCCCCAACUCCUCCCCCAGACCCUGUGGCGAAUGUGGAGCAGGGGUCCUCAAAGAGACAGCACCAUUCCUGAGGUGCCAGGAGAAGCCACCUGCCCCAUCUCAAAGGCAGCUACCAGUUGGGGGCAGCCCAUCCAGCCCCCAAUUUUCACCCACCCCUAGAGACCAAGACCCACCGUGCACCUCCUCAGGGAAGAGGGAGGACAGAUACCACCCUGAACUCCUCAGGGGAAGGACUCCUACAUCUUGGGUUCGUGAGGAGACUGACAGCUGGGGAAGCCAUGCCAGAGCCCUGAACCCCCAGAGACUCCCAGCCCCUGAGGCUCCUGCCAAAGGGACGCCAGCAGGAGGACCAUCUCUGCCUUGUUAUUCCAGUUCAGCCAGGCCCAUGGGCCCCAGGAAGCUGCCUCAGGAUAAAGCUGAGGGUGCUUCCUCUCAGCUCAGGCAGCCAGCAUCUGUCCAUUCUCCAUCCCUGGUUAAAGGACCCAAGGUCCCUGUUCAGCUGCCCCCUGCCCGACCUCCCACUCUAGGAAGAAGCUUUCCAGGUACUGCAAGUGGAGGUCCCACAACAGAAUUGGAGGGAGGCUCCAUCCCACUAAGGGCCACUACUGGAGUCCUGGCUGGGUCUAGAUAUGGGGACUGCUCUGUGGAAGGAAGGCAAGGGGACCAGAAGGUGGACAUCUGGGUGACAGCAGAAGCUGGAGAGUCCCUGGGCCUGGGCCCUCAGGACCGGGAGAGGAGGUACACUCCCCUGACCCUGCAUGAGACCAAGGAGCCAGCCGUCUCCCAUAGCCUGGAGGAGGAGCUUUUGGCCACCAUGAAGAUGCUACAGGUCGGAACCACCCAUUGCCAGGGCCCAGGGUCUGGGCUCAUCCCUCGCAGUGGAGUCUAUGUCCCCAGCCUGGGUGGGCGGUGGCCUGAGCCUGGGGGUCCUUAUGAUAAAGUCAUCCAAGAACUGGCUCAGGGGCCCCCACCCCUCAAUAAAGUAGACCUGGGAGCCUGGAAGGCUGCCCCUACAGGCUCACCUAAGCUGGCUGUUACCACAGGCCCAGGAAGCCAAAAAGGGAAACUGGGAGCCAGAGAGAGUGGACCAAGGACAAAGGCAACCCUGAGUGCCAAGGACACCAGGAUGAGGACGGUCCAAGCUCAAGGAAGGCAGGACUGCUCAGCCCCUACUGUGUUUGCCAGCCUGGAGGCCCCCACACCUUCUCCCUCUGACCCCAGUUCUGACAAAGCCAAGACAAGUGCAGGCAAGGGCAAGAGAACACUGCGGACGCCCCAGAGGGUACCAUCCAUCUACAAACUGAAGCUCAGGCUCAGAAUCCGGCCCCGCAGAGACCACAGGCCUGAGAAGCGGCCUUCACGAAUUCCCAAACCCCUGGCCUACCUCCGCCUGGGCCCAACCAGGGCGCCCCCUAGGGGCAAGCUGGAGAGAGCAUCUGCCCUAGAUUGCAAGGGAGGGGAGGCAGCCCUGGUGGAUGGAGCCUGGGCAGGGGAGAAAGAGGAAGGAAAGAAGAAAGAGCCAGUCAUUCCACUGGAGAGCAGACCCCAACGUUUGGAGGGCCUGUGA